AUGGAUUUUUCACCAGAAGGAAGUUUGUACGAAGUGUUACAACAUAUUGGUCUGAAUGAAAACAUUUUACAAGCUAUGUUUCUACAAAUCACGGACGCUAUGAUCUUUUUAGCUCACAACGGAAUCAUUCACGGUGAUUUAGCAUGUCGUAAUGUUUUAGUCUUUCGAUUAGACAAACAGGAACCACACAAGAACAUUGUGAAACUAACAGAUUUUGGAAUUAGUCGUCAUAGUAAACUCUAUGCACCAACAAAUAGUGUUGCCAGAACGACAAUCAAUAUUGUUCCAACGCGAUAUGCAGCGCCAGAAGUGUUAGCAAAUGAACAAUAUUCUGAAAAGUCAGACGUUUAUUCAAUGGGUGUGUUGAUGUGGGAAGCGUAUUCCAAAGGAAAGAUACCCUGGUCACAGAGUAAUUCUGAUAAUGAAGUGAAACGACAGGUGACACAGGGCGAGAAAUUACAGAAACCGAAUACUUGUUCGACUCAAAUGUGGUCUGUGAUUGAAAGCUGUUUUAUAUUAUCUGUAGAAGGCAGGCCAACAUUUACGAAUUUAAAACAGAGUCUCCUUCCAGUUCCAUAUCAAAUGAAGAUACCGACGGUACGUUAG